ACACUAGCUGUAUCUAUUGUCGUAAUGGCAAACACCGCCGGAGAGGCGCCCUGGAUGGAAAUUCCAUCGCGCGCCGUCUCUGCAGUCGAACAUCCAUGCAUUGUCAAGAACGUCGACAAAGGCAUUACCUCGCUAGGCGGUCCCAUCAAAUUAGGCAAGGGUUUGAGAUCCAAGGUCGAGCCGGACGCUGAGGAUGACAUACCGAACAUCAUUUCAGCCUCAUUGCGACCAGACGACCCCCUCGCCAAAAGAUUACUUUCUACGCCCGUGACCACCACCAACCUGCUUCUCAAGGUUACAGUGCCAAAACGGACGGGUCGCAAGAGGAAGCGUGGCACAAAUGGUCCUUUUCUCUCCGAAGCAGACUGCGGCCCCGCCGGAUCGAACGCUUAUGUGGAUGCGUCGUCUCUCUAUCGACGUUUGCAGGAUAACCCCAAAAAUUAUACAUCUACCAUAGUUGGACUAAUUGAUGAAACCCAUCGCUUCCGAAAUCUUCCCGAUAUACAAUAUGCUGCCUCUACGAACAAGAUCAUGGCCACUGUCAGAGAUACAGUCCUGCCUUUUGAUUACAGCAAACUCAUGAAAUUCAAACUGAAUACGGACGCUGGCAUAGACCGAACUCAAGAUGUCGGGCCUUCUGCAGAGUUCAUACAGAUGCCAAUCGCCUACAACUACAAAUUCCAACAAAAUAGUUAUGUCAAGUAUACAGACGAAAGUGACGAAGUCAACUUGCGGAGAACUAUAACGCAGAACGGAUAUACCAUCAUCAAAGUCAGCGACAAAUUUGUGCCUCAAGGCCCAAAAUCAAAUUUGCCUCCGGAGUCUCAACUCAGCCCCUUCUUGCAGUCACUUAUAGCCAAUAUAAGAGCUGAACUCAAACAACGACCAAUCAUCACGCGGCAUCUUUUGUAUAACAGAAUUGGUUGGGACAAGCGUGACAAUCUGAGACAGGCUGCUAUUUAUUGUGGCUACUUCUUCGAAACCGGACCCUGGAGAGAAGCACUGAUCCAGUGGAAGGUUGAUCCACGAUCCGAUCCACGUUACCGUAUGUUUCAAACGGUGUCCUUCUUAUCCUAUCGCAAGACUGGAUCCCGGCAUUACACUCAAUACGACAAGAGCAUUCAGCGGCUGGCCAGCAUGCAGCCGCAUGAGCUAGUUGACGAGCACAAGUUUGACGGAAAAAGUCUCUCAAGUACAGGCAACCUGUUCCAGUUUUGCGAUAUCACGGAUCCCAUCAUACGAGGAAUCCUCGAUACCAAGGAUGUUCGCAGAACCUGUGCACCGACUUCCCAAGGGUGGUACCACAUUGGUACCUGGGCAAAAGCAACGGUCAUCUUAAAACACAAGAUGAACCGCAUUCUCACCGAUGGUCAAGCAGAUGACACUCUAUAUGAACGAGUUAUUACUUGGCCAGAAUUGUGGGAUGACCAGGAGCUUUAUGGGCGGUAUAGGUGGGAAUUCUUUGACAGAGAGGUUCACAAAGAGAAAGCUGAAGAACAUGCAAUCAUCCAAAACGUGAGAACGGCAGCUAGAAACCCAAGAUAUGCUUUUGAACAGAUGGAGGCAUCUUGGAACCAGGCUAGUGCGCAGGACAGCCAAGAUGGAGCGGAGUAUCAAGAGGUGGACGUGCCGGAAGACAUGACUGAAGUACCUGAAACUGCGGCUACCAUAUUGAACGAGGGCAACGAAGAGAAUGCUGAGGGGGAUGUUGACGGGGACGAAGAUGAGGAUGCAAAUGCUGACAGUGAGGAAGGUGAUUUAGAAGAUAGCGAGGACGAUGGUUUAGAUAAUGGGGAUGAGGUUGCCGUGCCGGCUACCCGUCAAGUCCAACAUCCAGGACCAUUUGGUGGACUGUUUGAAGACUGA